CAUGCGCAUUGUCAUUUUCAGUCAUUAGUUGGCCAAAGAUUUAUGAAUUUCUGAAAUCUCACAUAUUAUAUCAUUUAUUAGGCCAUCGCUCAAUAUUAUUACUGUGAUAAGUUUAGUAUAUUUUCGGACUUUUAUUCUAAUGUGCUUAUAAGUGAAAAAAUAUCAAGAUGCUUAUCAAGGAAUACCGUGUUACUCUUCCAUUAACUGUAGAAGAGUAUCAAGUGGCCCAGUUGUACUGCGUCGCUGAGGUGUCCAAAAACGAGACCGGUGGCGGCGAGGGUAUAGAAGUAGUCAAGAAUGAACCCUUCAAAGAUUAUCCUUUACUAGGUGGUAAAUAUUCAUCCGGACAGUACACAUACAAGAUCUACCACUUGGCAUCCAAAGUGCCUGCUUUCAUACGGCUCCUGGCGCCGAAGGGAUCACUUGAAGUACACGAAGAGGCAUGGAACGCGUACCCUUACUGCCGGACUGUGCUAACGAACCCCGGUUACAUGAAGGACAAUUUCGUGAUCUGCAUAGAGUCGUUGCACGUGCCAGACGCCGGCGACCAGUAUAAUGUACACGAGUUACCCGCGGAGAAGCUGAAGACCCGCGAGGUGGUGCACAUCGACAUCGCGAACGACCCGAUGUCGUCGGCCGACUACAAGCCCGAGACGGACCCGACCAAGUUCAAGUCCGCCAAGACGGGCCGCGGACCGCUCGUCGGCCCCGCCUGGAAGAAGGACGUCACGCCCGUCAUGACGUGCUACAAGCUGGUCACGGCCGAGUUCAAGUGGUUCGGGCUGCAGAGUAAAGUCGAGAAUGUUAUUCACAAGUCAGAACGACGGCUCUUUACCAUAUUCCAUAGACAAGUGUUCUGUUCGAUGGACGACUGGUACGGUAUGACGAUGGCAGACAUCCGCGCCAUCGAGGAUCGCACCAAGGAAGAACUGGAGAAGUUGCGCCGCGAGGGAGAGGUGCGGGGCAUGAGGGCCGACAACGAGUAGACGGAGAGACAGCACCGACAUAUACAUAUAUAUAUACCGCCAUUCGCAUAUACACCCGAGAGACGCAACAUACAGCGAUAUUGUCCAAGAAUAAUUGGCAAUAACAUCUUUUUUAGUAUUUAAAGUGCUUUGGGAGUUGUGUCAAAGAUGUAUCUAGUUUCGUAGUAUUGAAAAGUUUGUAGACUAAGUCAAUGUUAAACUUAUCUCAGUCGUAACUCUUGACAGUUGUUGAUCUACUGCAAGUUAUAAAACUCGCUCAGGCUGUUGUAAGCGUCCAAAUAAAUCAUGACUCGGGUUAUGUAAUAAUUUUAUUCUGUGACGCGACCUUCAUAGCAUUAACGCUGCGUCAGAAACACCAUCAUGUAAAUACGCUGAUGUCCAUACAUUUCGAUAGUUGUCAACACGAUGUGAGCUCGAAGUGUAUCUGCAGACAUUUACGAGUCUUUUCUGUAAAUUGCAAUGAGAAUUAACACACUGUCAUCUCAUAAUUGACAUAGAGCAUGCUGUCAUACUUACUAAACAUUCUGAAUUAAUAAAACUUGUUCAAUCUUGGACCUUCAACGCUGGUAAAUAUGUUAACACCGAUCAAAUGCAUAAUCUAAGAUUAGUAACUAAGCUAAAUUUUAAACAUGACAUUGGCUGACUUGUGGUGCCCCUUCCACAGAAGCCACAGUAAAGAGAAUAAAAUAGAAAUUUAUCGAGUAUAUAACUUGGAGAGAAUAAAACUUGGCUCAAUCUUAAUCUAAAUUUAACCGAUCAAUAAUAAAAUUAAAUUAGAAAACAA